AGUUGCUGCUUCGGCUCCAUUGGCCAGAGCGGGCCAUUGCAAAACGCUGCAAGCUGCCUGCCAUGCACACGAGCAAUGUGGGCUUGAGCAAGUGCCGACGUGCCGACUGGGCUGAGCAGGGCGGGUGGGUCGCGGAGUUGAAGUCGAGCGAGGCCCCGGCCGAGAAAGCCGCAGACACAACGCCGAGCGGCUUGGUGCUGCCAGCGCUCAAGGCGCCGGGUCCCAAGCCGCCGUUGCCAGAGCUGCCGCCGCAGGGGCCGUCAGGGCUUCUGCAGCUCCCGGUGGAGUUCUUCAUUGAUGAGGAGGAAGAUCUCCCCGGUGACACUGCGGGUCUACCGCCCCUCCCGCAGGGAGCCGGGCGAGGUGCGCCGGCCUCUGCCGCGCCAGCCCUGGAACUGGAUCUGGAGCCCCGCGCGCGGCCGAGAUCCUUCCGACGGAAGGCGGCUUUGAGUUGAGAAGUCCGAGGGCUUGGAGCGCGAAGCGCAUGGGAUUCGGCCAGAGGAUUUCUGCGCUGGCGAAGCUUGCUUUAGGGUUGGCCCGGAGACGCGUGGCGUUUUUUCCCAGCAUAUACUGGAAGUGAGUCUGGGCCAUUGAAUUCAGUGGACCUUCCCAUGCGUAGCCUC